AAGAAAGGGCGAAAGGUGAAGGGAAAGGAGGAGGAUUAGAGCGCCCGAGGAGGAGGAGGAGUUGCGAUUUCGAUUUGAGCUUUUGCAGAGAUUUGGCCCGCCGACUUCCCGACUGCUGGAUUGCUCGAUUGCUCGAUUGCUCGUUUGCCGUAGAGUGGAGUGAGUGGAGAGGAGUGGGGCGGAGCGAAGCAGAUGUAUUUGGGGAUGAGGCGGGUGGCUCCUCCGUAGCGCAGGACGGUGUCGUCGAUAGAGGCAGGCAGGCAGAUACACCACUUGCUCAAAAGAAGAGGGGAGUGCGGGAGGGCAGGAAAGAUCAGGGGUGGCGGAGGAGGAGGAGGAGGAGGAGGAGGAGGUGGUGGAGCUGCAGCGGCUGCCGGGAGGACGAUUGGAGGUAAGUGGAAGAGAGUGUGAGUGUGAGGAUUCGAGUCCGAUCGUUUUAACGAGGAAGAAUCACACUUCAGGCAUCGUAGCGAGACCGAGGCGGUAAAGGCGGUGCUCUCGAUCCACCCGCCGAACGAGUUUAGGAGGGAAGCUUUUAGAUCGCCUCGACUCGCCUCGCCCCGCAUUGUUGCGCAUUGCCGCUCAGGGAGAGCAGCAUCGAGGUGCAGGGGAGGGGAGGGGAGGGAAGAGCGAGGCGCAAGAGAGGCAGGAAGGGGGAAAUCCCGCAAUGGGGCCAGGGGUGGGGCUGGUGUACGACGCGCGCAUGUGCGAGCACGCAAAUCUGGAAGACCCUUAUCACCCAGAAAAACCCGAGCGCAUUACCGCCAUUUUCGAGAUGCUCGAGAAGGCCGGAGUUGUGGAGAAAUGCACGCGCGUGGACGCCAGGGAGGCGACGGACGCCGAGCUCGCUUCGGUGCACACGCCGAAGCACAUCGCGGCGAUGCGGGCCGUCGGCAAGCAGGCUUACGACCGCGAGGAGAGGCUGUCGCUGGGGCGCCGCUACAAUUCCAUCUACUUCAACAAGGGCUCGUCGGGCGCAGCUCUUCUGGCCGCAGGGUCGCUGGUGGAGCUCGCCUCGCGAGUGGCGCGAGGUGAAUUGGGCGCCGGCGCCGCCGUCGUGCGGCCUCCCGGGCACCAUGCUGAGGCCGAUGCCGCCAUGGGCUUCUGCCUCUUCAACAACGUCGCCGUCGCUGCGCAUGUGCUCGUCCACGGCCAGCCGAGCUCGGGCGUCAAGAAGGUGCUGAUCGUCGACUGGGACGUGCACCACGGGAAUGGGACGCAGCACAUGUUUUGGCAAGAUCCCCAAGUGCUGUACUUCUCGGUGCACAGGUACGACGAUGGGUUCUUCUACCCAGGCAGCGAGGAUGGCGACUCGGAUAAGGUCGGAGGUGGCGCAGGCGCAGGUUUCAAUGUGAACGUGCCCUGGCCCCGCAAGGGCUAUGGCGAUCUCGACUACCUCGCGGUGUUCGAUCACGUGCUCAUGCCCAUCGCCCAAGAAUUCCAGGCCGAUCUGGUUCUGGUGUCCGGGGGGUUCGAUUCUGCCAAAGGCGAUCCCCUCGGAGGAUGUCAGAUUUCCCCAGCAGGCUAUAACCGAAUGACGCAGAGGCUGAUGGAGUUGGCCGGAGGGCGCGUCGUGUUAGCUCUGGAAGGUGGCUACAAUCUGAAAUCCAUCUCGGAAUCGUAUCUGGCGUGCAUGAAGGCCUUGCUCGGCGAGCCCAUGGACGAGUGCGUGUCGGGGGAGAAUAGUCUAUUAGCCUCGACGUGGUCGUUGAUUAAGGAGGUUCGGAGUCAUCUGCGGCCUUUCUGGCCUUCGAUGUCUAAGGAGGAGGAGGACGACCUCGAUAGGGUGCCCGAGUAUUUCGUAGUGCACGACGACCUGGCGCUCAUCAGCUCGUCCAGUGACUCAGAGCACGAAUCCGACGACGAUGUCUUCGAGGAUUUGGCCGAGUCCUUCGAUAGUGAAUUGCAAGUGGAGGAAGUCUCCGAUGAUUAUCUGGACGACGAAGGCUUGAGACCGGAAGAGGAAACGCGCACGCCUUUGAUCGAAGAUCUGAUUAACCAUCUCCAUUUAAGUGAGGUCAAGGAGGGAGCUCAUACGGCUCCAGUCGUCGAGGAGCCACCGACGCCGGCGGCAGUGUCGGUUCCUGCGCAGAGCCGGAAUUUGUUGGUCCAAGAGAUUUCAAUUUCGGUAUUAGGCGAAGGUAAGAGCGACGCAAAGCAAGAUCCGUCUGUACCUGUAAUUGUGGAAGUGAAUAUUGAUACAAAGCAGAUUGAUCCAAAGUGAAAGACACACGUAUAUCGAGUCUCCCGGUCAGUGGAAGAGACAUGGAAACUCCAUCAUUUUGAAGCCCGAGUGCCAUUGUGAGGAAAGAUUUUGAGAGCUGCAUUUUAUGCUUUCCUCGCAAGAAGCACAUGUACAAAUAGCUCAAGCGGCCAUUUAUGAAAGCGAUGUUGCGGCAGCUUGGUGCCCAAGAGUUGCUCUGAGCCUCAUUGAUCAGUAAAUCUGCCGCAUCAGAUUCAGUCGUCGUGUCUAGAAAAGUACCUGCUUUCUGUACUGGUUCUUUCGACAAAGGAUAUGGUGCAACACGAGAUGGGGACGACGGCUCCUCUCCUCUUCUUCAGGCCGAGGCUAUGUGUGCAUAGGAUUAAAUUACUGAGACUUUACAAGUCAUGUUGACGAUUCUUCUGAUUCUAGACAAUGUUACUAUAUUCAGAGUGAACCCCGGGCCUCCUCCCUCUUCCUUCACAGUCCAGGACCUACUUCGUGCACCUGCGACUUGACAAUCACCAUAUGUACUUUGGCGGACAAUCUUCAAAUGAAUAAUAAACCAAACACUGAAUUAAAUACC